CGUACAUAUGCAAAACUGACCCAACGAACUGUUCUUGGUUCGUCCGGGGUAAAAAGUUCCCAACUUACACAGUGAAAAAGCCCAGUCCUUGGACGAAACGGACCGACACGUAACCAGGGCUACUGCAAUAAUUGUUGUAGGCCAUGGCUUCGACAACAGAAACUCCUACCUCGGUUGGAAGCUCCUCUACCUCAGCCUCCGCCCCCUUGCUGGAGGACCUCAUCGAAGAGCCGGAAUCUUCGUCCACCUCGUCGACCACAAAUAGUGCUAACAGAGCCUCGUCAUCAUAUGGAAUCCAGCUCGUCAACGCUUAUAACCCCACUUCGUCCUCCUCUUCGAACAGUUACAGCAGUGCAACUUCGUCAGCCACAAGCAGCGCUAGCAGGGCUUCGACAUCGUACGGAAUCAAGCAUAACCCCAUUUUGUCCUCCUCUUCGAACAGUCACAACAGCAGUCAGAAAAGGCCAGUCUACACAGUUGAUAACAGCACUAACGCUGAUGAUCAAUCGAAGGACAAUCUGCAAAGUAGCAGCAUUGCAGCAGACGGUGGAGCCACCAAUUCAGGUACCACCACCGACGGUGGUGAUGAGGAGAAAAAAGACGACUCCGUGUUCGAAUGCAACAUCUGUCUAGACACGGCGAAGGAUGCAGUGGUCAGUAUGUGUGGCCAUCUGUUCUGCUGGCCCUGUAUUCACCAGUGGAUGAAUGGAUACCGUAACACCUGCCCGGUGUGCAAGUCGUCGAUAAGCAAGGAGAAGGUCAUUCCCCUCUAUGGGCGGGGAGGAAGUAAGGAGGAUCCGCGGAAAACCGUUCCGCCGCGCCCGGCCGGUCAACGUACCGAACCGGAACAACCGCACGGCUUCCAGAGCUUUACGGGUGACGGUGGUUUCCACAUGUCGUUCGGUAUCGGUGCAUUUCCGUUCGGGUUCUUCACCUCCACACUAAACUUUGGCGAUUUUCGUGGCGCGAACACUCCGCGAGAAAACACACGCGAGUCGGAGGAGGACCAGUUUCUGUCGCAAGUGUUUGUUUGUGUGGCGCUCAUCUUUCUGGCUUGGUUGGCUAUGGCAUAAAAAGAGGAGAGCAUGGAGAGGAAACGCAAUCUAAAUUGUCCCUGAAUCCACAGAAAAGACCAAAAAUGUAAUCUCCCAGUAACUACUGCUGGGUGAGUGGGCCGUGGAGUGUUGUUUGCAUUAUUUUUAAAUUUCUUUUUGUCCGUUUCUACAAUUUUUGUUGUUUGGUAAUCUGCCAAGUGAUGGUGCUGAAAUGUUUCAUCUUAGCAGCCGGGGGCUGUAAAAACAGAAAAUAAAGAUAUAUGUUGGAAGCAAAACAUGAAAUACAUGCCGCAAAAUGACGCUUUUUAUGUGAUAAUCUAGAAAAAAAAAACGUACACCUCUCAAUGUUUCAUUAUUAAUGUUCACAGUACGUAGGUAUUUGGAAAAAAUAUGCAAACAUACCGG